AGCAACAGAAGAAGAGUGAACUUCCUGUUUUGUUUUUGAAGCAACGAUGUCUUCUCUCGAUGUUUUGGAUUUUAUUCAGCAAAACAGGGCGCUGGCAGAGCAGGUGGAAACAUUCCGUGGAAUUUGGGAAAGUGACAAACACUGGGAGGCCAGGAGGGAGUUUAUUCUGCGGAACAUGAGCCAGUUUGACGAUCUGCACCGAGACCAUCUGCUUUCUUUGUCCAUGGUUUGGGCCAACCACGUGUUUAUGGGCUGUCGCUACAGUUCUGAGCUCCUGGAGAAAGUGAAAGAAAUGGCUGAAGGCGUGGUGGUGGAGGAUGCACCCAUCUUCAGAACAAGAGAUGAGAUUAUGAAGCAGCAACAGCUGUUUGUGUGCCAAGGAGAUUGAGCCUGCACCACGGAAGUCUCAAAUACCCCAGGAAUGGGUAGACCAAGAAACAAGUUUCCAGCUUCAUUAUUUUUUCUUUUAGGAAUUUUUUGUUCUCAAAUUUCUAAUUUUGCCGUAAUUUUGGAGCAUUUUGAGAUGGUCCCCUCAUUGUACCCUUUUUUCAUUUUGUUAGACAUGGCACAGUUUAAAAUAAAAGAACACUACUCUUA